CAUACAUUAUUUUUACUUUAAUGAUACGUAUGUGCUAUAUGCCACACUUUGUUCGUUUGCUUAGAUGAUACUGAAAAGUCGAUGCGGAAGUGUGGAUCAUUGAAAGCGUGGAAUGAAACCCUAGAAAGAGAUGUAAUGAAGAAUACUUUAAACAUCAGUGCAUUGAAUCAUUCUUCGCAGUCCUUGGAGUUGGCUAGUUGCCAUGACUUUGGGUCAACUAGAAUGCCUUCCCCCGAUAACUACUGUUGCAGUCGACCAGAUACAUUCGGAGUUUCAGCGGUGAGAAAUAAUAAGUCUUCCGUGCCGAAACCACCGGAUACGUAUUUGGUACCAACGACACCAUUAUCUCCACCACCUCCACCACCUCCACCAACACCACCACCGGUUCCUAAAGCGCCACCACUGCUGUCGUCGACGUCACGGAGUACGCAAAAACCUAUGAACACAGCCACCGGUGAAAAAGUAUACUAUCGCAUUCCGAUCACGACGGACAUUUUAAAAUCCGUUGUGCUUAAACCGGCCGGCGAGAGGAAUCGCAAACACUGA